AUGUUUUGGUUAUUAAUACCAAAUGGAUUUAAUACACAAGAUAUGGCAAAAUUAUCUGGAAAACAAUUUUGUAAUAAUUAUUCAUCAACAUUAAUUAAAGCACAUGGACCUGCUGCAAUAUUUCUUAUAUCCUCAAAUAAACAAAAUCUUUGUCAAUUAAAUUAUCAUCAUAAGGAAAAUAAUCCAUCAAUAUGUAUUAAACAUGAUGAAAUUUUAAUUGAUCCAUUAUUAUUUUAUAUAAAAUAUAAAAAAUUAAUUCAAUACCCAAACGAAGUUUUUAUUUUAUCAUCUGGAAUUCUUUCACAAAGUUUUACUCAAGAUAAUAAUCAAUGUGAAUCUUCAAAUUAUGAACAAAUAUUAAAUAUGAUUGACACACCACUACCACCAUCAAAUCAUCAAUCAAUAAAUGAACAAAUUUAUUUAAAAAAUAAGAAAUUAUCAAAAAUAUUAUAUGUAUUAAAUUUAAAUAAAAAAAUAAGAAAAAAUUAUUUUAAAAAUUAUUUUAUUGGUUCAACAAAAAUUCUUUUAGAACGAAGGCAAUUACCAGCAUAUCUUAAUUAUGUAUUUAUAUUUCAUCGUACAAAUCUUCAAGUUGAAUAUAAUCGAAAACGAGCAAAUAGUUCUUCCCAUUUUGGAUCAAAUUGUCACAUAGAAUUUGUUAGAAAUCUUUCUAAACUUUCUACUGAAAAUAAUAUAAAAAACUUAUUUUUUCAUUCUGAUAAAAUAAAAUGUAUUCCACCAAGAAUUGUUCAAAAAUCAAGGGUGUGGGUGUAUCAUAUUGAUGAUAACCACAUCCAUACCUACUAUCAAGAUAUUUUAGCAGGAAAAAUAAAUGAUAUAACAAACGGAGCAAAUAAUUCGUAUUCACCUCGUUCAAUGUCAAGUGAAGCACAAAAAAUCAGAUGUAAGAAAUCUAUUGGUACAGGUCGUAUGGAUUGUAAUGGAGGAUUGGAAAAGUCAGAAUUAUAA